UCUAAAGUCGCACAGAUGUGUGUUUUCGGACACCAGCUGAUCCAGAGCUACACGAGAAGUCACCCUGCACCACACAGAAGACACCAUGAAUGCUGUUGCAACCUUCUUGCUCCUGCUGAGCUACUUGUCUAACUGUCAUGGAUGGACCUGCACAGCCCCCCCACAGCAGCCUUCUGCUGCACAGAUUGAUGCUGGACAAGGACAAGUGGUGAUGACAGACAGCUCAUCAAACGCGUAUUUCUUGAGUGGAUCAGGUUGGUCCAAACUGGGCACUGUUCCUCUCAGUCAUGUCACAGUGGGACCUGCAGGAAUCUGGGGAGUCGACUCGUUUGACAAGAUCUACAAGUUUGUAAGAGGAGACUUCGUUUCUGUUGAUGGUUUAUUACAGCAGAUGGAUGCUGGAGGUAAUGAACAGAUAGUGGGAGUGAACAGUGCAGACAACAUCUUCUGCCUGAAAAGUAGCAUCACCUUGGCCUAUCCACAACCUGGUCCAGUGGCCUGGACACCGUUUGACGGGUUGCUGACGUAUUUCAGCUGUGGACCAAAUGGAUGCUGGGGAGUGAACUCCGCUGAUAACAUCUAUGUCACUAACGUGAAUCCAUCUACCUGUAGUAAGACUAGCUGGACACAGGUGCCAGGAGCUGCAAAAAUGGCUGAAGUUGGAACGGAUGGGAGUGUCUUUGUGGUCAAUUCAAAUGGUGACGUCUUCCAAAGAACUGGCAUCACCAGCAGUCUUCCACAAGGAAGAGACUGGGUUCAGAUCCCUUUUUGUCUGCCCGUCAAACACGUCAGCUAUGACCUGGGACACCUGUGGGUUGUCAUGGAGAUUGGUUUGAUCCUGGAUUGUCAGCAGUAACAUGUUAGCUGUCCUCACUAAAGCCUUUUCUUCAGUAGUGGCCUAUAUAUGAAAAUAUAACCCAUUAUCUUCUUGGUGUUUUCGUAGCUUGACCUCUACCUUUUCUUUUUAUUCUAACAGUGGUAAGAAUUAUGGUGGUGAAAUAAAUGGUUGUUUAAAAUGAUUAAACACACAUCGUUGUUGAAAUGUGACCUAAAAAUUAUGAUGGUUUCAUGAAAACCCAUAUUCUAACAAUAACAUGGUUAUUACUGCCAUGUUGUGAUCACUUAAAAUGGAAACAAAAAAUUUAAUAACAUUAGUCUAACAGCACUUAGGUGUUACAUUUAAGCAUCAUUAAACCAGUGGGACUGGUUGAGUUUGGUUCACAUGACUGGAUAAUAAUGCAAAUUUUUGCCCCGAUCUUCUUCGUCCAAUAAUCUCAAAGAUGAGCAAGAUUAAAGUAAUGUUUCUAAAGAUUAUGUCAUCAGAUAAUCCUGCCGUUUGUGGUGCGUUUGGUGCACAUGGUCUGCUCGUAAGGACAAAGGGGGGCUGCUCUGUUCACAGAUCUGGGCUUGUUGGAUUGUCUUCAUCUGAUUCCCAAGGACAAACAAGCAUGCAACAUGUUGAAUUAACAGACACAGAUGGAAAUUAAUUAGAAUCCCUGCUCUAAUCUGACCCUCAAAUUCCUUCUCUUUGAGGAAAGCUUAGGAUUUUAGAGAAGAAACAUAACACAUAUUUUCAGCAUUUCUUACCAAACUAUUUCAUGUCUAGAGAUUUGAUGAACAGCUGAGGUUUUUCUACUUUUUCAUUUUCUUUUUGAUGAUUAAUCCUUGUAACGAUUCUUUAAAAAUUAAUAAAGUUGAAGGCAAAAAAAAUUCUGUGUUGCUUUUU